AUGGCGUUCGUUUCAACGCAAGGGCCCACGGUGGUUGACCAAACCACCUUAAUGAAAAAAUACCUCCAGUUCGUGGCGGCUCUGACAGAUGUCAAUACGCCGGAUGAAACCAAGUUGAAGAUGAUGCAAGAAGUCAGUGAAAACUUUGAGAAUGUGACGUCAUCCCCUCAGUAUUCCACAUUCCUAGAACACAUCAUCCCUCGAUUUCUGACUUUUCUUCAGGAUGGAGAAGUUCAGUUCUUGCAAGAAAAACCAGCACAGCAACUGAGAAAAUUAGUUCUGGAGAUAAUCCAUAGAAUACCCACAAAUGAACACCUUCGUCCGCACACCAAAAACAUCCUAUCUGUGAUGUUCAGAUUUCUAGAGACUGAAAACGAGGAAAACGUACUGAUUUGUCUGCGGAUAAUCAUAGAACUGCACAAACAGUUCCGGCCACCUAUCACCCAGGAGAUUCAUCAUUUCUUGGAUUUCGUGAAACAGAUUUACAAGGAGCUUCCGAAAGUAGUGAAUCGAUACUUCGAGAACCCGCAGGUGGUGCCGGAGAACACGGUCCCGACCCCGGAAAUGGUCGGCAUGAUCACCACCAUCGUCGUGAAAGUAAAUCCGGAACGGGAUGAUGGCGAAACGAGAACACAUUCCAUAAUUCCCAGAGGUUCUCUCUCCCUGAAAGUGUUGGCCGAGCUGCCGAUCAUUGUCGUCCUGAUGUAUCAGCUUUACAAGCUGAACAUUCACAAUGUGGUGGCUGAAUUUGUGCCUUUGAUCAUGAACACGAUUAUUAUUCAGGUGUCCACGCAGGCAAGGCAGCACAAACUAUACAACAAGGAACUCUACGCCGACUUCAUCGCCGCGCAGAUCAAGACGUUGUCGUUCUUGGCUUACAUCAUAAGGAUAUAUCAGGAGCUGGUGGCCAAGUAUUCUCAGCAGAUGGUGAAGGGAAUGUUGCAGCUGCUGUCCAACUGUCCGGCAGAGACGGCUCACCUGAGGAAAGAACUUCUCAUCGCCGCCAAACACAUUCUCACCACGGACCUGAGGAGCCAAUUUAUUCCGUGCAUGGACAGAUUGUUCGAUGAAUCUAUACUCAUAGGUGUGGGAUACACUGCACGGGAAACUCUGAGGCCUCUCGCCUACAGCACGCUGGCAGACCUGGUGCAUCACGUCCGCCAGCACCUGCCGCUCAACGACCUCUCCCUCGCCGUCCAGCUCUUCGCCAAGAAUAUUGACGACGAGUCCCUGCCCAGCAGCAUCCAGACCAUGUCGUGCAAGCUCCUGCUGAACCUGGUGGACUGUAUCCGCUCCAAGAGCGAGCAGGAGAACGGCAACGGCAGAGACAUCCUGAUGAGGAUGCUGGAGGUGUUUGUCCUCAAAUUCCACACCAUUGCCCGCUACCAGCUGUCCGUCAUUUUCAAGAAGUGCAAGCCGCAGUCCGAACUGGGGGCGGUGGAAGGCGCUUUGCCAGGAGUCCCGGCUGGCGGCGGCACGGCCCCCGUCCCGUCCCCCGCGCCCACCACUCCCGUGGCCUCGGCAGCGGGGCCCGUGUUCGAGAAGCAGGGGGAGAAAGAGAAGGAGGACAAGCAGACGUUCCAAGUCACCGAUUGCCGGAGCCUGGUGAAGACCCUGGUCUGCGGAGUCAAGACAAUCACGUGGGGCAUUACCUCUUGCAAGGCGCCAGGCGAAGCUCAGUUCAUUCCAAACAAGCAGCUACAGCCGAAAGAGACGCAGAUUUAUAUCAAACUGGUCAAGUACGCGAUGCAGGCUUUGGAUAUUUAUCAGGUCCAGAUAGCUGGGAACGGGCAGACGUAUAUCCGGGUGGCCAACUGCCAGACGGUCCGGAUGAAAGAGGAGAAGGAGGUGCUGGAGCACUUUGCCGGGGUCUUCACCAUGAUGAACCCAUUGACUUUUAAGGAGAUCUUCCAGACGACGGUGCCGUACAUGGUCGAAAGGAUCUCGAAGAACUAUGCCCUUCAGAUCGUUGCCAACUCCUUCCUCGCCAACCCGACGACCUCGGCUCUGUUCGCCACGAUCCUGGUGGAGUACCUUCUGGACCGCUUGCCCGAAAUGGGCUCCAACGUGGAGCUGUCGAACCUCUACCUCAAACUGUUCAAGCUGGUCUUCGGCUCCGUCUCCCUCUUCGCCGCAGAAAACGAACAAAUGCUGAAGCCGCACUUGCACAAAAUCGUGAACAGCUCCAUGGAGCUCGCCCAGACGGCGAAGGAGCCCUACAACUACUUCCUGCUCCUCCGGGCGCUCUUCCGGUCGAUUGGCGGGGGGAGCCACGAUCUCCUGUACCAGGAAUUUCUGCCCUUGCUACCAAACCUGCUGCAAGGCCUGAACAUGCUGCAGAGCGGCUUGCACAAGCAGCACAUGAAGGACCUGUUUGUGGAGCUCUGCCUCACAGUCCCGGUCCGGCUGAGUUCCCUGCUUCCAUACCUGCCGAUGCUGAUGGACCCCCUGGUGUCGGCCCUGAACGGUUCUCAGACGCUGGUGAGCCAGGGCUUGCGGACCCUGGAGCUGUGUGUGGACAACCUGCAGCCGGACUUCCUGUACGACCACAUCCAGCCCGUGCGGGCGGAACUGAUGCAGGCCUUGUGGCGAACCCUGCGCAACCCCGCUGAGACCAUUUCCCACGUCGCUUACCGUGUCCUCGGCAAGUUCGGGGGAAGCAACAGAAAGAUGUUGAAGGAGUCCCAGAAGCUGCAGUACAUCGUGACCGAGAUCCAGGGGCCCAGCAUCACGGCCGAGUUCUCUGACUGCAAAGCCUCCAUCCAGCUCCCCAUGGAGAAGGCCAUUGAGACGGCUCUGGACUGCUUGAAGAGUGCCAACACGGAGCCGUACUAUCGACGGCAGGCGUGGGAGGUGAUCAAGUGCUUCCUGGUGGCCAUGAUGAGCCUGGACGACAACAAGCACGCCUUGUAUCAACUCCUGGCGCAUCCCAACUUUACCGAGAAGUCCAUCCCCAAUGUCAUCAUCUCCCACCGCUACAAAGCUCAGGACACGCCCGCCCGCAGGACCUUCGAGCAGGCCCUGACGGGGGCGUUCAUGUCGGCCGUCAUCAAGGAUCUCCGCCCCAGCGCUCUUCCUUUCGUGGCCAGCUUGAUCCGCCACUACACGAUGGUGGCGGUCGCCCAGCAGUGCGGUCCUUUCCUGCUCCAGUGUUACCAAGUGGGGAGCCAGCCCAGCACCGCCAUGUUCCACAGCGAAGAAAACGGCUCCAAGGGCAUGGAUCCCUUGGUGCUGAUCGACGCUAUCGCCAUCUGCAUGGCCUACGAGGAGAAGGAGCUUUGCAAAAUUGGAGAGGUGGCCCUCGCGGUGAUCUUCGACGUGGCGAGCAUCAUCCUGGGCUCAAAGGAAAGGGCUUGCCAGCUGCCGUUGUUCUCGUACAUCGUGGAGCGUCUGUGCGCUUGCUGCUACGAACAGGCCUGGUACGCCAAGCUGGGGGGCGUGGUGUCGAUCAAGUUCCUCAUGGAGCGGCUGCCCCUCAUUUGGGUCCUCCAGAACCAGCAGACGUUCCUCAAGGCCCUCCUGUUCGUCAUGAUGGACCUGACGGGAGAGGUUUCGAACGGAGCAGUCGCGAUGGCCAAAACGACCCUGGAGCAGCUCCUGAUUCGGUGCGCGACGCCCCUGAAGGACGAGGAAAAGACGGAGGAGAUCCUGGCGGCCCAGGAGAAGUCCUUCCACCACGUGACCCACGACCUGGUGCGGGAGGUGACCUCUCCGAACUCCACCGUGCGGAAACAGGCCAUGCAUUCCUUGCAGGUGCUCGCCCAGGUCACGGGGAAAAGCGUCACCGUCAUUAUGGAGCCGCAUAAAGAGGUUCUCCAGGACAUGGUUCCUCCCAAAAAGCACUUGCUGAGGCAUCAGCCCGCCAACGCCCAGAUCGGCUUGAUGGAAGGGAACACCUUCUGCACCACCCUUCAGCCCAGGCUGUUCACUAUGGAUCUCAAUGUGGUGGAGCACAAAGUCUUUUAUACAGAGCUGUUGAAUUUGUGCGAGGCCGAGGACUGCGCCCUGAUGAAGCUGCCCUGCUACAAGAGCCUGCCUUCCCUGGUGCCUCUCCGGAUCGCGGCCCUGAAUGCCUUAGCCGCCUGCAAUUACUUGCCGCAGUCGAGGGAGAAGAUCAUCGCCGCGCUCUUCAAGGCGCUGAACUCGACCAACAAUGAACUCCAGGAGGCGGGCGAGGCCUGUAUGAGAAAGUUUUUGGAAGGUGCCACAAUCGAAGUCGACCAGAUUCACACCCACAUGAGGCCGCUGCUUAUGAUGCUGGGUGACUACCGCAGCCUGACCCUGAACGUUGUGAACCGCCUGACGUCGGUCACCCGUCUCUUCCCAAACUCUUUCAACGACAAGUUCUGCGAUCAGAUGAUGCAACAUCUGCGUAAAUGGAUGGAAGUAGUAGUGAUCACCCACAAAGGAGGCCAGAGGAGCGAUGGAAAUGAGAUGAAGAUCUGUUCCGCCAUUAUAAACCUGUUUCAUCUCAUCCCGGCCGCUCCUCAGACUUUGGUCAAGCCGUUGCUGGAGGUGGUGAUGAAAACCGAAAGGGCCAUGUUGAUAGAGGCUGGUAGCCCGUUCAGAGAACCGCUGAUAAAGUUCCUGACACGGCAUCCCUCCCAGACAGUAGAGCUGUUUAUGAUGGAAGCCACCUUGAAUGACCCGCAGUGGAGCAGAAUGUUCAUGAGCUUUCUGAAACACAAAGACGCGAAACCUCUGCGCGACGUUCUGGCGGCGAAUCCGAAUCGAUUCAUCACGUUGCUGUUACCUGGCGGGACCCAAGCCGCGGUCAGACCUGGAUCUCCCAGCACCAGUACCAUGCGCCUCGAUCUCCAGUUCCAAGCUAUCAAGAUCAUCAGCAUCAUCGUGAAGAAUGACGAGGGCUGGCUGGCGAACCAGCAUUCCUUGGUGAGCCAGCUGAGGCGGGUGUGGGUCAGUGAGGCUUUCCAGGAAAGGCACCGGAAGGAGAACAUGGCCGCCACCAACUGGAAGGAGCCCAAGCUCCUUGCCUACUGCCUGUUGAACUACUGCAAGAGAAAUUACGGUGACAUCGAAUUGCUCUUCCAGCUUCUCCGGGCCUUCACCGGCCGUUUCCUAUGCAACAUGACUUUCUUAAAGGAAUACAUGGAAGAGGAGAUUCCCAAAAACUACACCAUUGCCCAGAAACGGGCGCUGUUCUUCCGGUUUGUCGACUUCAGCGACCCCAACUUUGGAGACGAGCUGAAAGCCAAGGUUUUGCAACACAUCCUCAACCCUGCUUUCUUGUAUAGCUUUGAAAAGGGGGAAGGGGAGCAACUCCUGGGGCCCCCCAACCCAGAAGGGGACAAUCCCGAAAGCAUCACCAGCGUGUUCAUUACAAAGGUGCUCGACCCGGAGAAACAGGCGGACAUGCUGGACUCUCUCCGGAUUUACCUCCUGCAGUUUGCCACGCUGCUGGUGGAGCACGCCCCACACCACAUCCACGACAACAAUAAGAACCGCAACAGCAAACUGCGGCGCCUCAUGACCUUCGCGUGGCCGUGUCUGCUCUCAAAGGCGUGCGUGGACCCGGCCUGCAAGUACAGCGGGCAUCUGAUCUUGGCGCACAUCAUCGCGAAAUUCGCCAUCCACAAGAAGAUCGUUUUGCAGGUGUUUCACAGCCUCCUGAAGGCCCACGCCAUGGAAGCCCGCGCAAUUGUUCGACAAGCGAUGGCAAUCCUGACGCCGGCGGUGCCCGCCCGAAUGGAAGACGGCCACCAGAUGCUCACUCACUGGACCAGGAAGAUCAUCGUGGAAGAGGGUCACACGGUUCCUCAGCUGGUCCACAUUUUGCAUUUGAUCGUCCAGCAUUUCAAGGUUUACUUUCCGGUGAGACACCAUUUAGUCCAGCACAUGGUGAGCGCCAUGCAGAGGCUGGGGUUCACUCCCAGCGUGACCAUCGAGCAACGAAAGCUGGCCGUCGACCUCGCCGAAGUGGUGAUCAAGUGGGAACUGCAGCGCAUAAAAGACCAGCAGCCAGAUUCGGAUAUGGAUCAGAACGCCAGCGGGGAAGGCGCGAGUUCUUCCUCCUCCGCUGUCAAGAGGGGCCUUUCUGUCGAUUCCAGCCAAGAAGUGAAGCGGUUCAGAACGGCGACGGGAGCGAUAAGCGCGGUGUUUGGACGCAGCCAGUCGCUGCCGGGGGCCGACGCGCUCCUCUCAAAGCCCAUCGACAAACAACACACAGAUACGGUUGUCAACUUCCUCAUUAGAAUCGCUUGCCAGGUAAAUGACAACUCCAACACGGCUGGCUCUCCCGGAGAACUGCUUUCCCGCCGCUGCGUUAACCUUCUGAAGACGGCUUUACGGCCAGAUAUGUGGCCAAAGUCAGAACUCAAACUGCAGUGGUUCGAUAAGCUUCUGAUGACUGUGGAGCAGCCUAACCAGGCCAACUUUGCGAACAUUUGUACCGGGUUGGAAGUUCUCAGUUUCCUCCUGACCGUGCUGCAGUCCUCGGCUAUCCUGAGCAGCUUCAAACCUCUGCAGCGGGGGAUCGCGUCCUGCAUGACUUGCGGAAACACCAAAGUUUUGCGAGCUAUUCACAGCCUCCUCUCGCGCUUAAUGAGUACCUUCCCGACAGAACCAAGCACAUCAAGUGUGGCCUCCAAGUACGAAGAGCUGGAGUGUCUCUAUGCCGCAGUCGGGAAGGUUAUUUAUGAAGGACUGACAAAUUAUGAAAAAGCGACCAAUGCAAACCCUUCUCAACUGUUUGGCACUUUAAUGAUUUUGAAGUCCGCGUGCAGCAACAAUCCCAGCUAUAUAGACCGGCUGAUUUCAGUCUUCAUGCGAUCUCUGCAGAAGAUGGUGCGGGAGCAUUUAAACCAGCAGUCACAAGCAGGGACAGCGGAAGUAAACACAGCCGGCACGAGCGAACUGGUCAUGCUGAGCCUGGACCUCGUGAAAACCCGCCUGGCCGUGAUGAGCAUGGAGAUGAGGAAGAACUUCAUCCAGGCCAUCCUGACGUCUCUCAUCGAGAAAUCGAAUGACGCCAAGAUCCUUCGGGCGGUGGUGAGGAUUGUGGAAGAGUGGGUGAAGAACAACUCCCCCUCGGCUGCCAGCCAGACCCCUACCCUCCGAGAGAAGUCCAUCUUGUUAGUAAAAAUGAUGACCUACAUUGAAAAACGUUUUCCAGAGGACCUUGAAUUAAACGCCCAGUUCUUAGACCUUGUUAACUACGUCUAUAGGGACGAAAGCCUCUCUGGGAGCGAGCUGACCGCCAAGCUGGAGCCAGCGUUCCUCUCGGGGCUGCGCUGCGCCCAGCCGCUCAUCCGGGCCAAGUUCUUUGAGGUCUUCGACAACUCCAUGAAGCGCCGGGUCUACGAGCGCCUGCUGUACGUCACCUGCUCCCAAAACUGGGAGGCCAUGGGGAACCACUUCUGGAUCAAGCAGUGCAUCGAGCUCUUACUGGCUGUGUGCGAAAGGAACACCGCCAUCGGAACGAGCUGCCAAGGGGCCAUGCUCCCGUCCAUCACCAACGUCAUCAACCUGGCCGACAGCCACGACCGGGCGGCCUUCGCGAUGGUGACCCACGUCAAGCAGGAGCCCCGCGAGAGGGAAAACAGCGAAUCCAAAGAAGAGGACGUGGAGAUAGAUAUCGAGCUGGCUCCCAGCGACCAAACCAGCACGCCCAAAACCAGGGAGCUCUCCGAGAAGGACAUCGGCAACCAGCUGCACAUGCUGACGAACCGGCACGACAAGUUCCUCGACUCUCUCCGAGAAGUGAAGACCGGAGCGCUGCUCAGUGCCUUCGUCCAGCUGUGCCACAUUUCCACGCCUUUAGCCGAAAAGACCUGGAUCCAGCUUUUCUCCCGGCUGUGGAAAAUCCUCUCCGAUCGGCAGCAGCACGCCCUCGCCGGCGAGAUCAGCCCGUUCCUGUGCAGCGGCAGCCACCAGGCCCAGCGGGACUGCCAGCCAAGCGCCCUCAACUGCUUCGUGGAGGCCAUGUCGCAGUGUGUCCCGCCCAUCCCCAUCCGGCCCUGCGUCCUGAAGUACCUGGGCAAGACCCACAACCUCUGGUUCCGCUCCACCCUCAUGCUGGAGCACCAGGCCUUCGAGAAGGGCCUCAGCCUGCAGAUCAAGUCUAAGCAAACUGCCGAGUUCUACGAGCAGGAGAGCAUCACGCCACCCCAGCAGGAAAUCCUUGAUUCUCUGGCUGAGCUGUACUCAUUGCUGCAAGAGGAGGAUAUGUGGGCGGGGCUGUGGCAGAAGCGGUGCAGGUUUCCCGAGACUGCCACCGCGAUCGCGUACGAGCAGCACGGUUUCUUCGAGCAGGCACAAGAAACCUACGAAAAGGCAAUGGAUAAAGCCAAGAAAGAACACGAGAGGAGCAACGCCUCCCCGGCCGUUUUCCCCGAGUAUCAGCUCUGGGAAGACCACUGGAUUCGGUGCUCCAAAGAGCUGAACCAGUGGGAAGCGCUGACAGAGUACGGGCAGUCCAAGGGCCACAUCAAUCCCUACCUGGUUCUGGAAUGCGCGUGGCGGGUCUCAAACUGGACUGCCGUGAAGGAGGCCCUGGUGCAGGUGGAGCUGAGCUGCCCCAAGGAGAUCACCUGGAAAGUCAACAUGUACCGGGGCUACCUGGCCAUCUGCCACCCCGAAGAACAACAGCUGAACUACAUCGAACGCCUGGUGGAAAUGGCUAGCGGCCUGGCCAUCCGGGAGUGGCGGCGGCUCCCCCACGUAGUCUCCCACGUCCACACCCCACUCCUUCAGGCAGCGCAACAGAUCAUCGAACUGCAGGAGGCGGCCCAGAUCAACGCCGGGCUGCAGCCCGCGAACCUCGGGCGGAACAACAGCUUGCACGACAUGAAGACGGUGGUGAAGACCUGGCGGAACCGGCUGCCGAUCGUCUCAGAUGACCUGUCGCACUGGAGCAGCAUCUUCAUGUGGAGGCAGCACCACUACCAAGCCAUCGUCAGCGCAUACGAGAACAGCUCCCAGCACGACCCCAGCUCCAACAACGCCAUGCUGGGGGUCCAUGCCUCGGCUUCGGCCAUCAUCCAGUACGGGAAGAUCGCCCGGAAGCAGGGGCUGGUCAACGUCGCCCUGGACAUCCUGAGCCGCAUCCACACCAUCCCAACGGUGCCGAUUGUGGACUGCUUCCAGAAGAUCCGGCAGCAAGUCAAGUGCUACCUGCAGCUGGCUGGGGUGAUGGGGAAGAACGAGUGCAUGCAGGGCCUCGAAGUGAUUGAGUCGACCAACCUGAAGUAUUUUACCAAGGAGAUGACGGCAGAAUUCUAUGCACUGAAGGGGAUGUUUUUGGCUCAGAUUAACAAGUCGGAAGAAGCCAACAAAGCGUUCUCUGCUGCCGUGCAAAUGCACGACGUCCUGGUGAAGGCCUGGGCAAUGUGGGGGGAUUACCUGGAGAACAUCUUUGUGAAAGAGCGCCAGCUGCACCUGGGCGUCUCGGCCAUCACCUGCUACCUGCAUGCGUGCCGCCACCAGAACGAGAGCAAGUCCCGGAAGUACUUAGCCAAGGUCCUUUGGCUCCUCAGCUUCGACGACGACAAGAACACCUUGGCGGAAGCCAUCGAUAAGUACUGCGUUGGCGUCCCGCCCAUCCAGUGGCUGGCUUGGAUCCCCCAGCUGCUGACCUGCCUGGUCGGAUCGGAGGGCAAACUCCUCCUGAAUCUUAUCAGUCAGGUUGGCCGAGUCUACCCCCAAGCAGUCUACUUCCCCAUCCGGACCCUCUACUUGACGCUGAAGAUAGAGCAGCGUGAACGCUACAAAAGUGAUUCUGGACAGCAGCAGCCGAGUUCCGUGGGCAGCCAGUCGCAUUCCGCAUCCGACCCCGGCCCCAUCCGGGCCACCGCGCCGAUGUGGCGCUGCAGCCGCAUCAUGCACAUGCAGCGGGAGCUUCACCCUACCCUUCUUUCCUCGCUGGAGGGGAUCGUCGACCAGAUGGUGUGGUUCAGAGAAAACUGGCACGAGGAGGUCCUCCGCCAGCUGCAGCAGGGCCUGGCAAAGUGCUACUCGGUGGCCUUCGAGAAGAGCGGGGCGGUCUCCGACGCCAAGAUCACCCCCCACACGCUGAACUUCGUCAAGAAGCUGGUCAGCACCUUCGGGGUCGGCCUGGAGAACGUCUCCAACGUCUCCACCAUGUUCUCCAGCGCCGCAUCGGAGUCGCUGGCCAGGAGGGCCCAGGCGACAGCCCAGGACCCCGUCUUUCAGAAGCUCAAAGGCCAGUUCACCACCGACUUCGACUUCAGCGUGCCGGGCUCCAUGAAGCUCCACAACCUCAUUUCGAAGCUGAAGAAGUGGAUCAAGAUCCUUGAGGCCAAGACCAAGCAGCUGCCCAAGUUCUUCCUGAUCGAGGAGAAGUGCCGCUUCCUCAGCAACUUCUCGGCCCAGACGGCCGAAGUGGAAAUCCCCGGCGAGUUCCUCAUGCCAAAGCCAACACAUUACUACAUCAAGAUCGCUCGAUUUAUGCCCAGAGUGGAGAUCGUCCAAAAGCAUAACACCGCCGCCCGGAGACUCUACAUCCGAGGCCAUAACGGAAAGAUCUACCCGUACCUGGUCAUGAACGAUGCCUGCCUGACCGAGUCACGCCGGGAAGAGCGGGUCCUGCAGCUCCUCCGCCUCCUGAACCCCUGUUUGGAGAAGCGGAAGGAGACCACCAAGAGGCACCUCUUCUUCACAGUCCCCCGGGUCGUGGCCGUCUCGCCGCAGAUGCGCUUGGUCGAAGACAACCCCUCCUCCCUCUCCCUGGUGGAGAUCUACAAGCAACGUUGCGCCAAGAAGGGCAUUGAGCACGACAGCCCCAUUUCCCGUUACUACGACAGGCUGGCGACUGUCCAAGCCCGAGGGACCCAGGCCAGCCAUCAGGUUCUCCGCGACAUUCUGAAAGAGGUCCAGGGCAACAUGGUGCCGCGCAGCAUGCUGAAGGAGUGGGCGCUGCACACCUUCCCCAAUGCCACCGACUACUGGACCUUCCGAAAGAUGCUCACCAUCCAGCUGGCCUUGAUCGGCUUUGCCGAGUUCGUCUUCCACUUGAACCGGCUCAACCCCGAAAUGCUGCAGAUUGCUCAGGACACAGGCAAGCUGAACGUGGCCUACUUCCGAUUCGACAUCAACGACGCGACUGGGGAUCUGGACGCCAACCGCCCAGUCCCGUUCCGCCUCACGCCCAACAUUUCCGAAUUCCUCACCACCAUCGGCGUCUCCGGCCCCCUGACCGCGUCCAUGAUCGCGGUGGCUCGCUGCUUCGCCCAGCCGAACUUUAAGGUCGACGGCAUCCUGAAGACCGUGCUGCGAGACGAGAUCAUCGCUUGGCACAAGAAGACGCAGGAGGACACCUCGUCCCCGCUCUCGGCUGCCGGGCAGCCGGAGAACAUGGACAGCCAGCAGCUGGUGUCACUGGUCCAAAAAGCCGUCACCGCCAUCAUGACCCGGCUGCACAACCUGGCGCAGUUUGAGGGCGGGGAGAGCAAAGUCAACACGCUGGUCGCCGCGGCCAACAGCCUAGACAACCUCUGCCGCAUGGAUCCGGCCUGGCACCCUUGGCUCUAA